AUGGCUGGUACACUACGUCACACUCCUCUCUUAUUUUAUUUCAUUUUCACCAAUUUUCCUCCAACAACAACUCACAAUGAUACAAUUCCGGUGCAAGAAGAAAGUAAUUUUCGCUCUCAGGCGUUACUGGCUUCUCAUGAUUUCACGAAUCUGCAUGAUACUUUGCCCGGCGAAAUGAGUUUUGGACUGUUGAACGCUGCUGCUGAUACAAUCCAGCAGCACAACGAGCAAAAACAUGAGCUGAAUUCAGAAGAGUUAUUGAAUCCGGAAUUUUCACCUCACGAAGUAGAUUUCGUGAUACCAGAAGAGAUGAUGGAGGCGAUGUGCCAACAAGGAUGGAAUAUCGAUAAGGCGCAUAUUGUCCGUUUUCCAAUUAUUCAGGCAGCACAGAUACCGAACGCCGAAAAUGUUAAUCCUGAAACUUCUGACAACGUGGAAGAUUUCCUGGCAUGGAAUGCUUGUUUACUUUUAAACCAAAUCGAAAACGAAUUACCUGAAAUUGAGCCCCAAAAUAGUGGAGCUGAAAUUAUUUCCGGAGAAAUAAAUACUGAGCAAUUGCGUAGAAAUUCAUUUGACCUAUAUGGUACCCAAACUAUUAGAACACCAAGAUCGGGUGCUUUGUUCAAUAAAAUUGAUUUUGAGCCGCCGAACAUGGGAACUUACGUAAUGCAACAAAAUAUCAAGCAAAACGAUUUAAGCCCCGAUGCACUGAUGAUUUCUUCGAAGCCUAUGGAUGCGGAAUUUUUUCCUCUGGAUUUCUAUACAGAAUUGCCGAUAAAUACAUUGCGUGAACAAGAACGAGACAUCGAGAACGCGCGUGCUAUUCACUUUCCAAUUGCUCAGACAGCGGAAAUUUCGAAUCCUGAACAUUUCAACCUUGCAACUAUUGAUAGCAGGGAAAAUUUUUUGCCUUGGGAGGGCAAUUCACUUGUGACUCAGCCCGAAAACCAUCCACCUGGAAUGAUGCCUCACAAAAACGAUUCAGAUAUUAUUGUCAGGUUGAUUACUGGUAAGCCACUGCAUACGAAUUCAGUCGCUCCAUGUGACGCACAAACGGCUACAACUUUGGCAUUGGGCACCAUCAAACAAUCUAAACCCCACCAAGAUUCAGCGCAAAAAUCUUCAAUAGCCGCAUACCAAUGCAGCGAUGUCAGCUGCAACGUGCGCACGCAAUCAUUCCAAGAAUUCAAAGUGCACCUCAGAAGCCACAAUCGGGAACGUGAAAAUCGCUGUUACUGGCUUAACUGUAGCCAAAAUUUUUCAACCCAACAAGCCCUCGACUUGCAUUAUUCCGAUCAUUUAAUGGUGGACAGUUCUGAAUUUGCCAGAUUCAACUGCCCAGAAUGCAGUCAGUUCUUCUGGUCGAAACGCCUACUCCAAUUGCACCGCAAAAUGACUCACCCUGGAAGUAAAAAUUCCCUUAAUUUUAACGGAUUUUAG